AUGUCUUCAUCCUCACCAUAUACAUGUAUUACAUGUCAUGUUGCUUUUGUUAAUGGUGAAUUACAACGUGCACAUUAUAAAACUGAUUGGCAUCGAUAUAAUCUCAAACGUAAAGUAGCUGAUCUUGGUCCAAUUACAGCAAAUGAAUUUACAGAAAAAGUCGAAACUAUUCAACAACAACAACAACGUGCAGAAAAAAAUUUUGAUAUUAAUAAUCGAACAGGAUUAACAUGUAAAGAUUGUGGUAAAGCUUUUACUUCAGAAAAUGGUCUUCUAAAUCAUAUUAAAUCUAAAAAACAUAUUGAUACUGUUGCUAAACAUGCUACUCUUCCAAUGAAAAAUCCAAAUGAAUAUCAGAAGUCUUCAGUAGAUACAUCAAAAGAUACACCGAAAGAAGAAGAUAUGGAAGAAGAAGAAGAAGAUAAUGAUGAUGAUUGGAAUGAUAUGGAUGAUGGAGCAACAAUGACUAAUGCUUCGGCAAUGGAAGGUGAAACUCAAAUACUUGGUACACCAUUACAUUUAGAAGAAUGUCUCUUUUGCUCAUUAAAAUCAUCCAAUCUUGAAGAAAAUCUAAGUCAUAUGGCAUAUGCACAUAGUUUCUUCUUACCGGAUUUUGAAUAUAUUAAAGAUUUAACAGGUUUAAUUCAAUAUCUCGAUGAAAAAAUUGGUAUAUUUCAUGUAUGUUUAUGGUGUAAUAAAAAAUCUUUUCAUGAUGUUCUUUCCGUUCAACGACAUAUGAUUGAUAAAGGUCAUUGUAAAAUACUUUUUGAUGAAAAUCCAAAUUCAGCAUGGGAAUACGUAGAUUUUUAUGAUUAUUCAACAAGUCAUCCAGAUUCAAAUGAAAAAAAUCUUGAUGAAGAAAUCGAUGAAGAUAUUCUUGAUACUACUGGUUAUGAAUUAGUAUUACCAUCUGGUAAAAAAGUUGGACAUCGAACACUCGUUCGAUAUUAUCGUCAAAGUUUAGCAAAUCGAAAUAAUGAAAGAUCAUUGGAACUUGUCAAUAGAAUUAAAGAUAAAUAUCGAGCACUCGGUUGGUCUGGUCCAGGAACAACAGGAGAAGUAUUUCAACGAAAAGUUCGUGAUCUUAAGUAUAUGCAACAAUGGAAAGCAAAACAGAAUAUGAAACUUGGUGUAAGAAAUAAUAUGCAUCAACAUCAUUUUCGACAACAAGUCAAUUUUUAA